AUGGAAGAGAGCCAGCCCUACGGUUAUGCGCCGUCGUCAGGCGAGGUGAUGAUCGACAUGGCCGCGUCUCUCUUUGGGGUCGUUUUGCAGCGCGCUGUCAUGGCGCCGUCGUACCGCGUCACCGUCCUGGCGGCUGUGGAGGGGGAGCUGGUGCGCGAGGGGCGGCUGCCGCCCACCGGGUUCGGCGGCAUCGUUGGCUGCGUGCGGCGCGUCUACGCGAAGGAGGGCCUCAGGGCCUUCUUCCGCGGGUUCCUGACGGACGCCGUUCUCGCCGUGCCGUCCGCGGUCAUGGAGGAGGUGAGCUCGUCGCUGGUGUCAGGGGCGUUGGGGGCGGUGCUGCCCUACGAUAGCGUGGAGCGCAUGCCGGUGUGGGUCUACGUCUCCCUCUCGCUCGCCUCCACCUCGGCAGCGGUGCUUCUGGCCACGCCGGUGACGGGGAUUCACAACACCAUCGUGACCAACUACGUGGGCGACAUCGUCGCGCCCCACGCCGCGGCCGGGAAGGCGGAGAAGGACGCCCAGCAAGAGGCGACGGCGGAGGAGCGUGAGGAGGCCGCGGAAGAGUCGUACAAGUACAAGUCCGCGACGCAGGCGGCGGCGAGCAUCCGCAAGCGCUGCGGAUUUCGUGGGUUUUACUACGGUGUUGGGCUGGACGCGAUGGCUGUGUUUGCGUACCGCGGCACGUACUAUUACGGACUGCAGCUUCUUCCGGCUGUGGUGCAGGAGCAGUACCCGUACGCCGUCGCGCGCGUUUUGGCCGUUGUGGCCGGAUGCCUCACGCAGCCGUUUGAAGUCGUCACUCGACGCAUGCAGCUCACCGCGUCCUCGGAGAAGGGGAGGUACAGGAGCAUGGUGGACUGCGCCCGCACGAUUGUGGCGGAGGAGGGCUACAUCGGACUCUGGGCGGGCCUGCGGGCGCGGUUGCUGGUGACGUGCGUUGGGAUGGCCGUUGUUGAGCUGCGCCGUUUUCUUUGA